AUGUUCUCUCCACGCUCCAUUGCCAUAGGGGCCCUCAGCCUCAUGUUCCUGGGUACCAGUUGCUCUGCAAUGCUUGUCCCCCAAAGCCUGCUUCUGGACAGCGUUGCCCAGUCACUCGCACUGCCAAUUUACACUUGGUCUGCCAACGGCACCCACAACGCAAAGGGAUUCACCACCGAAAAAGCCGAUGUCGCAAACGAGCAGGGCUUGUUUGAGGACUGUGAAAAUAUCAAUUUGAAUCGAAAGCUGGCUACCAACUUCCGAAACGACGUGUUUGGACCUGGUGUUAUUGGUUUCUUCUACAAGUGUGAGAAAAUCAGCCAUGAUACCAAUAUGUAUUGGUUCACUAUUAGCUCUGGGGAGCGGUCUCAGAUUGAUCAGCUCUGCGAUCCCAAGCAGAAUUACCCGAUUGUCUAUGAUAAGCAGCAUGAUACUUGGUUUGUUGAUGAGCCUUUUGAUUGCACUCAGCGCACUUCGCCUUCUAUCUCGUCUUAA